UGAGGCGUGUUAUUGUUUUAAGGGUGAGACAGAGAGAGAUUCUGAGAAGAUAGAAAGGAGAAGAAUGGGGAGCAGCGGUACUUGUUCUCUUUGGAAUGGGUUCUUAGGAAGUGGGGGGCAGCAGCUCCGGGCAUCGGUGGCAGCAGCCAAGCAGAGGACAAGCCCAAGUCUAAGCUUUGUAACAGUUGAAGCCAAAGCCAAAACUAGACGCGAAGACAGGACUGCUCGCCAUAUUCGUAUCAGAAAGAAGGUGGAAGGGACUCCAGAUAGGCCUAGAUUGUGUGUCUUCCGUUCCAACAAGCAUCUCUACGUCCAAGUGAUUGAUGAUACAAAGAUGCACACGCUCGCUUCCGCUUCAACCAUGCAGAAGCCCUUCGCUCAGGACUUUGAUUACUCUUCUGGUCCAACCAUUGAUGUAGCUAAGAAGGUAGGUGAAGUCAUUGCAAAAUCUUGUUUAGAGAAGGGGAUAACUAAGGUGGCUUUUGACAGAGGUGGGUACCCUUAUCAUGGGCGUGUAGCAGCCCUUGCAGAUGCAGCUCGGGAAAAUGGCCUUCAAUUCUAGAAAUGUGAUUGCUGUUCUUUCCUCUCCCACCAGUGGGUUGGGAGCUGAAAUGCAUAAGCCCAUAAUCGCUUGGAGUGGCAGCUUAGUACAACAUAAAGUUGAUUGCUAGGGGUGUGAUAGGAGCAUUUAUGCUGGAAAAGAAAAGUAGGAGCAAACGAUUCUAUGGAAGCUCUGUGAAGAAAUCCAAUAUCCCAGUCACUCAUUAGCAAUACCGGUAUUAAAUAAGGGAAGAACAAUGUCACUUGAAAUCGUGUCUUUGAUUAUGACGACUUUUGUUGUCUUUGAAUACUUGAUAGGAAGAGGCUAUAAGCAAGUUUUUUUUUUCUUGGAACAACCUUUCUCAUGUCAAGUAUUUAGAUAUAUCACAUCCCUAGAUUCAAAUGUAGAUAGAAGGCUUCAUGUUGAGCAUGCAUAUAGAGGCAAGAAGCCUAUCUUUAGCAUAUUUACAUAGCAGUGAACGCCUUUGAGUUAAGUGGUUAUUUCAAUGGUACUGAAGCUCUGUUUGAUCUAGCA